AAUCAUAGGCACGACUGUUUUCAGGGGUUUCUCUCUAAUAUAGCUAUAUAUUCCAGUAUAUAAACAAAAUUGUUUAUGUAGUAACGGCCAAUAAUAUAUAAUGUUAAAUAAAAAUUACAUGGUAUAAUAGUGUUAAUUAGAUACAAAUAGCACUUUUCUCAAUAUGUAAAUUCUAAUAACUAGAACAGUUACAACAUAAAAUUAUCAAAAAGAUGAGAGUGACAACAUUAAAGGGGAUCUUUCCGGAUCCUGAACCGCUUAGAAAGAAAAAUUUCAUUCACGAGAAUGUGAAAAAUCUCCGACGAAUGGAACGAUGCUUUCAAGCUAAUAAAGAUGUGGAGGAGUUGCACAAACUACAAAUACAUAAAACAGUUGAUAAAUACCAGAAUAUAUCUGCAAAGGUAAUCACCAAUUUGCGAGAAAAAAAGAAGCAUCAAAAUGAUAAUACUGAUACAAUAUUGAAGAAUAAUAUAAAUCUGGUAUUAACUGAUAAAAUAGAGAAUAAAGAACAAAAGUCUCAGGAUAAGAUUGAUAUACUUGAACCAAAUAUAAAGCACGUUGUUGCUUCCAAAAAGAUUAUUACUACAGGAAUAAAUGGUAAAAUAUCUGGCAAACAAAGAAAACAAGGACAAACAAGUAAAUACAAUGAAAAGUAUAGUCAACAGAAAGUGCAGCCAAAAAUUUUAUUUGAACCAAAUGUUAUGCAUAAAUUUGAUAAUGCUGUAAAUAAUAUAAAUAUACAGAAUAUUAUUAAAUAUAAAAGUCAGGGAAUCCAAACUUUGGAUAUAGACCAGAUAGAAAGUAUAUAUGCUGAAGGUAUCAUUCGAUACCCUUCAGAGAAAAUUACAAAGCAUGAUGGUACAGUUAAUGAUGCCAACUUGAAUCAACAAAAGGAGAAAGCUUUAAAAUUACAAUCCAAUUUUCCUGCAGACAGGGGCGAUAUGCAUAUUUCUGAAGAUUUGCGAAAGCUUGAUUUACGAAAUGCUGCAUCACCGAUACAUAGAGGAAAAGAUUUCAUCAAGUUAAAUAAAGAAAAUACUUCUGUGGCUAAUAAGCUAGCAAUGCAGCUUAAUAGUGACUCACCACUGAAACAUUACCGCAAAGGAGUUGUGCCUAAAUAUCUUCGAGAAAAAAAGGAAAUUCAACAAAAAGAACAAGAAGCCAAGAUAGAAGUAUCAUAUCCUGAUUGUCCAAAAGGUCACGUACCUUUACCAGAUCAUGAACGCAAGGAGACGUUGCAGUUAUUAAAAAAAAAUUAUCAAGAAUAUGUCAAUAAGUUAAACCUGAUGCCUAUAAAAGCAGACACACUCAGAGCGCAGAGGCACAAAAUGGAAAUAGAAAAACAAUUGAAUAAAUUAGAAGAAGGGAUUAAAGUAUUUUCGCGUCCUAAAGUUUAUGUGAAAAUAAAUGCAUAAAUUAUGUCACUUAUAUAAUCAUAACGUAACAUAUACAGGGAUUAUUGCCUCUUAUCCCUCCAUGUCACGAACUAUCGUGUACUAUUUUAAAGGUCCAAUGUAGUGAAUAUGACAGUAUUAUUUUAUCACAAGAUGUAAAAUGACAGAAAAAGUUGGUUAUAUAUAUAUUUCACACAUAUAUGGAAAAUUAAACUUGAAGAUAAAUUAUAUUU